GUUUCCGGAGGUGUUCGAGGCCGGCGGCGGCGAGGCUCUGGACGCGGGCUGCAGAUGUCGGACCGGCCGGCGGCUGAGGGGCUGGGCUUUUGGAGCCCCGCAGUGCGUCGUGGGUCGGCGGGAGACGUCGGGGACCGGCAGCUAGUGAAGAAGAGCCAGACGGUCGCCUCAGCAAAUGAAGAUCUGAGCAACACCAAAGUCACUGCUUCACUCGCUUCUGCCUCUGAUCCAGCAUCUAACUCCUCACCCUACAGAUUCUCUUCCUCUGAGAGGCCACAGAUGGUAUCACCAGUGAGCAAGCAUGUCACCAAAGAUCUGCAGAAAGCUGCUCGUACCUUGGAGGCUCGGGCUUUAGUGGAACAGGAAUUGCUGCCUAAAGACCAGGCUCGGAUCCUCAGUGAGAUGGCCAGAUACCAUGUUCCACAGAGAUCUGGAGACAUCAUUAUGAUCCAGUCUGAGCAUACAGGAGCUAUAGACGUUCUCUCAGCUGAUUUGGAAUCUGCAGAUCUUCUGGGAGAACACAGGAAAGUCUGCCCACCUCUGAUGGCUCCUCCAUGCAUCUGGACUCUUGCUAAGGUGAAGGAAUUCAAAAACAAGCUGGGCAAAGAAAAGAACAACCGUCUGGUGGUGAAGCGUGGUGAGGUGGUGACCAUCCGGGUACCUACUCACCCAAAGGGGAAGCGUGUCUGCUGGGAAUUUGCAACUGAUGACUAUGACAUUGGCUUUGGAGUUUAUUUUGACUGGACCCCUGUCACCAGCACUGAUAUAACUGUGCAGGUCAGUGAUUCCAGUGAGGAUGAGGAUGAAGAAGACGAGGAAGAGGAAGAAAUUGAAGAACCUGUCCCAGUGGGAGAUGUGGAGAGAGGCUCCAGGAGCUCCUUGAGGGGUCGCUACGGGGAGGUCAUGCCUGUUUACCGACGGGACAGCCACCGAGACGUGCAGGCUGGCAGCCAUGACUACCCUGGGGAGGGCAUCUACCUGCUCAAGUUUGACAACUCAUACUCUCUGCUGCGCAAUAAGACUCUCUACUUCCAUGUCUACUACACUAGCUGAAGGACACUGGCCAGGGGCAGGCUGUAUUUGCUGGUGGGAGCAGGCUGCCAGCUGGUUACCUCUUGUUGUGAAUGGGCAAGAGGAGAGAGUUCUGUGUGAGGGUCCUGAGCCUCACAUCCUGCUUGGUACACCUGACUGUGAGCCCGAGUAGCUUUCUUCCCUUCUGGCUUCUGCAGGUGGUGGUGUAGUGCCCCUGUUCUGUGGUCCCUGACUCGUGCUCUUGUUGCUUCAGACUCCAGCAAAAUCCCUCUCUGUAGGCAUCUCUCAGGCAAAAGCUUAAAAGAAGGUAGAGAUUGUCUUGUAGAAACCAGUUUGUGUUGAUACAAAGUUUGUCAUUGAGAUGGCUGCUUGCUCCUCUCGAGAGCCUAUAAUGUUAAUAUAUUUAGUGGCACCCAUCCUCUACUUUUGAGGUGCCAGUAGAGGGAAAAGCACAUUGUCUGUGAAAGAGCCCAAUGUCUUGGAUGGAGAAAUCUCUGUCCAACCUCUCACCACUGCCAUAUUCCUGCCUGCUGGGUAUUCUUGGUCUUUAGCACAGCUGGGAGACCUUACUGCCUUGGAAGGAUAUUCUCAUCCUUGGUGGUUAGAAUCCUCUUUUCUCUUUCCCAAGUCUGUGGUUUUGCUAUACAUCAAGAACUUUCAUGCAAUCUAAAGUGGUGAUGAAUAUAACCUAAGAAGUUUUAAAACAGCCUCCAUCACUUCCUGUUUCCAGAGCUAGUUCCCUUACUAUGGUGCAGGCAGUUGAAGAACUGGUGGAAAUUAGGUACUCAGACGACCUCAGAAUCCCCUUCUUUGAAAGUCAAGUGUUACUCUUUUAUUUUUAUUUUUGGUAGAAUCAAAGAAGGAAGAAUAUUGUCUGAGAGAGAAGGUUACAAAGAAAAAACAAAUGCCCUACAUUCCCCACUGUUUGUUUUGUUUACAGUAGAAGUGUUAUUCAGAAAUUUUACUUUGGAACCAAAUGCAGUAGAACCUCAUCUAUAUUUCUGAAGUUUCUGGUGUUCCAAGUCCCUCUUAGGAAAGAUAAUAAUGAAAUUUCACUGUUGCUGCUGUUUGUAAAUGUUCUUUACCUGGCCAAAGCUUGCAUUUCCCUGCUGACAGCCUUUUUUUUUCUGUUCCCCCUUAGGCCCAGGGGGCCAUGGAGAGCAGGUGGUGCUGGGGCCAGUGGCCCCCAGGGCCUCAGGCAGAAAGGAGAUGGGGACCUUCUCAGUCAUCUGUGCCUCCUUGUUACUAAUUCCUGUGUUGUUUGUUACUCU